UUAUAACAAAUAAAUAAAAAAAAGAGCGCGCAUAGCUAUGCUCGCUACCAGUUUGAUUUGAUCGCAUCGAUAAAGAUUGUUGAUUUGAAAGCUAUUCCGAGCACAUUAAGAUGGCGCUACGCUUGCGUCGUGACGUACAGAAGGCGUCGUACUAUGUGUGGUUCCUGGGGGCGGAGGAGGCGAAGGGGCUGCGUGGUGCACGCGUGAUUAACUCGGUGCUGCCGUAUCUGGUCGACAGAUCACGUGGCCAAGAGCCGCUCAAAGUGACGCUGCAAGUUUCACACAAGGGCAUCAAAAUCGUGCAGGGCUCAUCGAAGCAUUUAAUACCACACAGUGCCAUAACCAGCUCCGUGCAGACCGAUGACAUCGUCGCCUGUGUGCUGCUUCUCUAUAAUCCGGCCACCAAGUGCCCGUUGCAUGUCCACGCCUAUCGCUGCGACUCGGAGCAAACGGCGGAGGCGCUGCACUUACAAUUGCAAAUUCUCAUCAAUCGCCCCGACAAUCAAAAGCGUUUCGAGGAACUCGAGACCAGAUUGGGCAUCUUGCCGCCAUUGCCCGCUGGCAGCAGCAGCAGCAUGAGCGGCAGCAACGAGAAGCGCCACGAGUCGGCAACACACAAGUCGUCCUCAGCUUCUUCCUCAGCCACGCAUCAUCAUCAGUCACAACAGCAACACCACAAGGAGUCAGCGUCACAUCAUCAUUAUCCACAGCAGCAGCAGCAGCAGCAGCAGCAGCAGCGACGCCAUGAGACGUCGCCAAAGCGUUUUAGCAGCAGCCUGGGCAGCGACACUGGCAACAGCACACGCGAGUCCGAGUGCAGUGAGGAGCACGGCCUGGCCAGCUCACCAGUGUCGCGUUCGCCACCGCAUGCGGCACAUGGCGCAAGCAGCAAGCAGCAGCAGCAGCAGCAGCAGCCGGAGCGUCAUCAUCAUCAGGCACAUGCAGCGCUGUCGCAUCCGCCGCUAACAGCGCAGCAGAAUAGCGAACUGUUUGAUUCGCUGGCGGCAGAGCUGCGCGCUAAGCUCAACGGCAAUGGACCGCCGCUGCUGCUGCCGCCGCGUGACUAUGAUACAGUGCAUCGCUCCAAGGGCAAUCUGACAGCUAUAGAGCUGCGACGCUGCCGCAAUGCUUUGAUUGUAGGUGGUGCGCCCAAGGCACAGGCAGCAGCAGCAGCAGCAGCUGCGGCGGCGUCAGCAGCGCCAGCAACAGCCACAAAGGUGUCAAGUCGCGGCAGCUCCGGCAUUGGCUCGGAUCUAGCGCCUAGUCCAGAGCGUCAGGAGCUAAACAGCAGCAGCGAUGAUGAGCACUGGUCAAAUGAAGCGGACAACUCGGUUAUAGCGCUGAAGCCAUCGCAGAUUGCGCUGCCGGCGUCACAUGCGCAGCUGAAGCGUCAAAGCGCCGUGCAGCCGCCCAAGGAUAGUUACCUUAGGGAUUUGCCCGCCAAGCCGUAUGUGCCGCGCCAGCUUGAGCGUGAGCGUGAGCGUGAGCGUGAGCGCACCAAGACGCCCGCUUCAAACAAAUCCUGGUCACGUGAGGAUGACAUCAAGCCCAUUAUAAUGCGUCCAGCCGAUUAUGAUGCCAAAUUCAAUCGCGUCAUGCAGCUGGAGCAACCUGCAGCUGCUGCAAAGCUGCGCGACACAGACAAAUAUAAUGAAAUAAAUCGCUUAUUAAACAAAAAACUAAGCGCUGGACAACGCGAGCGUGAGCGCGACCGCGAUCGCGAUCGCGAGCGUGAGCUUGAGCCUGAGGAUGACUUUGAUGAUUCGGAUGCUGGCAGCGGCGAAACGCCGCCCAUACACUCAAGCUAUCGCAAAGAGAAUCUCACCGACAAGCAAAAGUUUAUGGAGUACGCCAACAAGAAGCAGCAGCAGCAGCAGCAGCAGCUCAAAUCUUAUGCAGCGGAGGAGGCGCAACGUUAUGGCGGCCAGCGUCAUCGCUAUGUGGAUCCAGCUGAGCUGCCGUUUGAGCAGCCGCCGCCGGCGUCAGCAAGCUCAGGCCAUAACAAAUAUGCAGCAGUGCAUCGCGCAGAGCAGCAGCAGCGCAGUCAGCGACACGACAGAGAGCGAGAGCGCGAGCGCGAGCGCGAGCGUGAGCGUCCGCGCGAACGUGAGCGUGAGCGUGAGCAUGAACACUCACGCGAUCGCAAUCCGUAUCGCGAAGCGGAGAGCUUGCCCUAUAUACAAAGCAUGGAAAAGUUAAUGAAGAGCACAGGCAUGCGCUAUGGCGAGGAUGCCUCAAGCAGAGCGCCGCCGCCAGCAGCAGCAACACGCAGCGGCAACAGCUCAAGCGCAGGCGGCGGCGGCGCCAGUCAAAUUUCACCACGUGACCGUUUUCAUGAUGCCAAGGACAAGUUUCGCGCCAUGGAACAGCAGCGCAGCAGUCGCUAUGAGCUGGAUGAAUGCGAUGCUGAGCAGCAGCAGCAGCAGCAGCAGCGCGUGCGUCGACGUCGCGGCUCUGUCGAACCGCCGCCCAGCUAUGAGCAGUGGAGCGAUGAAGAGCUAGAGCAGCAGCCAGAGUCGUUAAUAAGUCGCACGCGUGCGCGUUCACGCGAGCAUUGGGAGCAGCAGCAGCAUCAGCAGCAGCAGGAGUCGUCGCAGCAACAUCGCAGUCACAGCAGCAACAGCAGCGCGCUGCGUGAGCGUGAACGUGAGCGUCGUGAUUAUCCGUUGCAGCGACGCAGCGAACUGUCGCGCGAUCAUUCGCAUGAUCCUUAUCGUCAUGAGCGCGUGCGUGAGUCGCAGUCACGCGGACACACGCGUGAUUAUGUUGAGCCAGCCAGCAAGUCCAGCUCAUCACGUGGCGCUCAUCAUGCUGAGCGUUAUCCAUCGCCAGCGCCAACGCCCAACAGCAGCAGCGGCGUCGGCGGCGGCGUCGGCUCAGUGCCAGGCAAAUCUUUAGCCAGCAUGCCCAAGGGCUAUCGUCAUAGCUAUGCGGAGCCAGUGUUUGCACGCUCCGGCGGACGUGUUGGCCUCGCUGCAGUCAAUCCUUACUGAUAUCCUUACAUUAUUUUAAAAUUGGAUUUCCAUGCGACUCUCUCUCCAGGCUCCAAGCCCAGCGGCAGCGUCUGUAAUUAUGUGCCUUCGUUCUUUUUUAUAUACGAACAUAAGUAUGUAUAUGCAAAUGUAUACAUUAGCUUACUGUUACACACACACACACACACACACACACACACACACACAUACACAUAUAUAUAUAUAGCAUAUAUGUUUAUAUGAUAUAUAGCAAAAGCUACGUUUAUACUUUUGCUUCCACACACACAAACUUCAAACAGAGUCUAGACUUUAAGUUGCGCGGUUGAUUGGUAUACAAAUCAUAUACAUAAUGCUUAUAUACAUAUAUAUAUAUAU